AUGGCGGCGGACGGCGGAAUGACCGUGUCGCCACCGCUCCCUGCGCUCCCCCCACUCCGUCCCAAGGACACCAACACCACCGCAGCCCGCAACAGCAAGGCAGCCACGCGCGGGAGUCGCGGCCAAGUGCCCCGUCCUCUUGGGUCGACGUUAGCCGACUCGCUACUCGUACUCGACAAGGCGAUUGCAGACUCGGCACCCCCUCCUUUGGUCCAGCGGCAGUGGAUCCCAGCGCGCGGUGGCGGCCGUGGUGGUCACCGCGGUCGUGGUGGUGGUCGUGGUCGUGGCUCUGGUACGGACCAUGGUCCCGCGGGCGGCGAGCGCAUGGAUGGGAAUGGGACUCGUGGUGGAGCUGAGAAAGGUGUUGUCCAUGACGUCGCCGCCGGGCGUCAGGUGCCUGCGGAACGUGGUCUUGGCCAUGGCAAAGGAGGCAGGGGAGGCAGAGGAGGCAGAGGUGGCAAGGUGGCUCUUGGUGAUACUCGUUUUCCUCCCGACAACCUCUGGCAUGCGCAUACCUUUCGCAAGCGAAACAACACCAAGAAGAAGACACCACCGGGCCCUCCAGCACCUCUCGACCACACCGCGUUCCCCCACAUUAUUGAUCUGAUUCUGGCCGACCCUGCCUCCUGGUCGGGCAUGCGCACCACCUGUAGCAUGUACCGCAACCGCAUCCAAAAAAUGAUGUACCGCCACAUUAUCCUCUCAACAGUCUACCGCGACGGUCCCAACCUGAGCCGGGGCGCAGACGACGAGGACAGCGACGACGGCCAGUACGAUCUGUACGAGGUCGAGUCGGAGCUGUACGCUGUCGAGCAUCUGUCCGAGUUCAGCGCGUCGGACCCAAUGGUGAUUGCCGUCACGUCGCCACAGGGUCCCCUCCCGCCCUUCUCCCCACGCGAGUACGACAACGGGUGGGGAAACAGCACCGAGGACGAGGAACACCUUGGACGCUGUUCUCAACUGCUCGAGCACACGCGGGUUGUGGACGUGCCGAUUGGUCUGCUCAAGUCGGACGUCAAGUGGUUUCAGAACGAGCUCAGCAACCUCGAGGUCAUCCGGUACCGCUACGAUCCGGACCUCGAGAACAGGAACACAUACGAGGAGGAGUAUGCCGACGACGUUAUGAAAGCGCCGACAGUCGUUCUCGUUCCAGGCAGCCGCCGUCCAACGACCCUCGCAGAGCUGUGUGACCCGCCAGUUAUGACCUUCAAGUCUCGCGCAACCCGACUCAUUUCCAACGUCCUCUUCUCUCCCUUGGCCGGUCCGGUGGCGGUUCCCGUGGCUUUCUGUGACCAAGUCGACGCAGUGGUAGUCAUCUUCCACCCGCUCACCCUCGCCGCCGCCACCGCCGACCCUUUUCCGGCGACAUCCCCAAGUGGAUGGGAAUGGAAAUAUGAUCCAACACCUGAACGCAGGUGGUCCGAUCUUGCAGAAUGGAUCUUUAUUAUGCUUGGCCGCGACUUGACCAUCACCCUCGUCGACCUGCCGUCCCCGACCCCACUGUCUACCCGCAAGCCCGUCGACUGCUUCCUCGACCGCCUGCGUGGUUGCAUGGUGGAAUUCCAGGUGGAUCCCGUUCCAGGAGAAACCCUGUUCGCCAAGCUCCGUUUCAUGACGCGCGCAGAGUGGGAGGCUGAGGUCGGGCCCGAGGACGCCCAGCUGCAGGCUGUGGCAUAUUGUGUAUACAAAGUCCUCAACAGGCAAACCAAGGUUCCCAAUGCCAUGCAUGCACCCCUCGAAAUCGAAAAUGCAACACCGCAGGCGCCAUCACUGCGGAUUGUUGACAUCGAAUUCACCUUUUCAGACUUCCAAGCCCCGGCCCCAAAAGAGAGUGUGGUGAUCGAUCACUCGGCCUUUCCCGACCUUAUCGACCUCAUCCUCAAGUACCCAGACACGUGGAUCCCUAUGCGGGGGACGAGCAAGGCAUUCAAGGAACGCGUUGACAAGCUGCUGUAUCGCCACAUCAUCGUCACUCCGCACGUCGAGGUGGCUACCCCCAUGUCUCUGUCGCAAGUCUCUGGAGCUGUCCCCGCAGUCCCAUCAGUUGCCCCAGUUUCCACCUCCGAAGCCACUCACGAGCGCCACAGCACGCGCAGCCAUGCGGAGGACCCACACGAGACACACCGUUUCGUCAUCACCUCCCCACUCGGCCGGCUUCCUGCCUUCCCACCGCGCUUGUACGCCGCGUGGGGCUCAUGGACGCGCUCGCCGGACCGCGACGCCUGUGCGGCUCUCCUGGCCCACACCAAGGUCCUGGAGCUGUCGGCCGGCUCGCACGGCCUGGAGUGGCUCGGGAGCGUCCUGGGUCCGCUCGACGCCCUGCGCCUUCGGCACGACGUCGCGACCGACACGGCCCUCCGGCGCCGCACCGCCGCCAAAUCCGACAGAACGACGCUUGAGCAGCAGCCAUGCUCCUGCAGCCACUGCGACCUCGAGUCUGACCCGGACUUUGACGCUGACCGCUGGGACUUUCGCCGGUUCCGCGCUGCCAAACUCGUCCUCCUGCCGCCCAGCACGGGGUUGGUGCCCCGCCUCGCGACCAUGUACACCCAUGUCCAGGCCAGGUUUGCGCGGACGGUGCACAAAGUCGUCAUUCACAUCGUCGGCUCCGAGUCGCCCAGGAGGAAUGCGCUGGGGAGCAAUUCGUGGCUGCCCAAUGUCGAGACGGUGUACAUUCUCAGCGAGGUCCAGAAGCAUGGCGUGUUGGAGAACUCGGCCGAAGAAACCGGCGCAAGGCCCAAGCCCAUCGCUACGCACCUCACCGCCAUCCUCCUGCGCCUCCGUAUUCAGAAGCUCAACGGCGCAAGUACCUCGACACCCAUCACGCUCGUCACUGUUCCGAUUCCCGGCGACAAACCCGAGUGCAAGGCCGCCAUGAUUGAGCGGUCGUGGGGCCGGCUACUGCGUUCGUCGAACGGCAACUGUGCCGUGCUCGACGAUGUGCCGGUGUUGUCCGAGGAGGAGUAUGCGGCCACUAUGGGCAGCGGGGAGAUUGAUGUGGAGAGCAUUGAAGUCAUGUAG